GGCUUUUACUGUCUAUCGUAUAGUGAACGCUCACUGUCUGGGAAAUUCUUACAGGAGAGCGGAAGCUGAAACGUCCAGUAGCUGCAACGACAACACACAAAGCGAGCUGCAGCGGAGCCGCCAACAGUACCGAUUGUCAUGGCACUUUACACGAGCGAACGCGCGAGCAAACGGGUGACUAAGCCACGAUCAGCAGCCAGUCAGUAUUUCAAGAAGGCAACCAAAUAGCUGACCCUAGCGUUUGCCAGGCAACGUAAACGUCACCGCCAGUGCCAACUCUAUGUAUUAUUCAUACAUAUUCAUAUAUAAGUCACUAUAUACAUUUUAUGGUGAUCGAACUUAAGUGGUUCAUGCAUAAAAACAGCGCCGUUAAGCAAAACAUUGCAAAAUAAGAAUUCAUAAAUAUAUGUACACAAAAAUAAAUAUAGAAGUGAGAACGAGAAGGAGAAUACACACAAUUAAUUAUGACAAAUAUAUUUAUGUAUGUAGUGGACUAAAACAACCAAAUAAGCAAAAGUUCAGUUUGUUACCAGCAAAAUUUAAUAUAGGGGUAACAAAAAAUGGUAUUGUACCAAAAGGCGAAUGAGUUUUGUGUGGGUGAAGUAUUGAAGGCUUGUCUACAGCUGCGACACUUUAGUUGCAUGUAAUGGAAAUAGGAGUGCCGCGCGCCGUAAGUGUACGAAAUCGAACAAUAAAUAUACAUAAGUACAUAUAAUACAAGUCACAUAAUCGCUAAAAAAUUAUACAAGAACUAAUAUAAUAUAAUAAAAAUCAAGAGGGCAUUCGUAUUACAAAUUAGUCAGUUAAAAUGCAUAGCAACAAUAAUAAUAUCGCAAACAAAAACCAAUGUGACAGUUGGCCGAACAAUAACGACACGGUAACAGUGGCGCUGUUGCAGCAACAUCAACAACAGCAGCACGUGCGAUCACAGCAGCUAUUACAAGGGCAGCAAAUACGGGAACAUCACCAUCAAGCUCGCAUUAGCAACUGGAUCAGUGAUACGAACCGCUCUCACUAUUCACUAUUGCAUAACAAUAACAGUGCUCAACUCAAUUGUGUUCAACAACGACAACAGCAGCAACCGCUGCAACUGCCAACAACAUACCUGCAUGAGCAUACAUAUGGAAAUUAUGCGCAACCUGUGGCAACCACUAAUUCUUCUCCUCAUCAGCAACAACAGCCACCGCCGCAAAUGACGGAUACAGCAGUUUCUGCCAACAAUUGCUACUACAGAUCACGGAUGCAGCAACAUCAGAAGCUCAAUGGCCAGCCACUGGCAUACCUGGAACAUUCAGAGUAUGAACAGAGUUUAGCGCAGAAGCAGCUGACAACACCGCUGCACCCUCCAUUCUCAGCUGCUACUAAAGAGUCGCUAUCACCGCAACCACGUUCACAGUCUCCUGGAUUAACACCGUCGCAUACGACCACGCGUAUAUUUCAGCAGCGACUGGUGGUUGCCGCUGCUGCAGUGGCGGCACGCAACGUAAAUCAGCAGCAUCAUCGGGUGACGAUAUACAUACAUACAUAUGUAUAUAAUGCUCGGAACGGAAAACGCAUUUAAAGUUUUACGCUACACCGACGUUGCCUGAUGGGCGGAACUUCGGAAGGGUUUAUCUCUUAGAAUUUCACUCGGAUCAAUUUAAAUAAUUGGAAGAAUAUUUUAAGCAUAUUGUACUAUUUAAUAAGACAAAAAAAUUUUUUUUUGAAAUUUUCGAGCCCACCCACCUGACACAGGUUCGUCUACAAACUUUUUGGCAAAUUCAAGUAGCCGGUUUGAGUGUACAUUAAAGUUUAAAUAAAAUACUUUUACAAAAAUUUUA